AUCUUUCAUAACUUGUCAUAAUGGUGUUUUAUAAGUCCUUAUACAGAUGUUCUGUACUAUCGCCUAAACUGAUACUUGAGAAGACUCCACUUGGGAAAUACCUAUCUCGAAGCAAAAAACUAGGUGAAAGGCAACUUUUACGCUACGGAGAGUUCCAAGUUUUACCAUCGCAUCAUAUUCCAUCGCACAUAGCACUGCCACCAUACGCUUCCAUUCGAGACCCAUCUGAGUUGCGUGCAUAUUACAACAAGGCAUGCACAUUUGCCGAGGUGAAGUCUCAAUCGCAAAUUGCGUUGAUGCGUGCUGCGGCUAAAAUAGCUGCAGGAUGCCUUAAGCACUGUAUCAACAUUACUAAAGAAGGCGUCACUGCCGAAGACAUUGAUCGGGAAGGACACGAGUACAUAGUAUCGCAGGGCUCUUACCCAGCUGGUGUGGGAUUUCAUGGGUUUCCUAAAGCUAUAUGCAUUUCCAUAAACGAAGUGGCUUGUCACGGUAUUCCUAAUACGCGACCGUUUCAACGUGGUGACAUCGUAUCUUACGAUUGCACAGUGUUCCACGGCGGAGUAUAUGGUGACUGUGCAGGCACAAUAAUCGUUGGCGACGAUUCGGCCACUGAUGCAUCAGGAAGUUUGCUUGUUCGUAUUGCUAAAGAAUGUGUCGAUAAAGCUAUCGCCUCGGUAGCACCGGGGGUUGAGUUUUCAAAACUAGCUGAAAUAGUCACUGAACACGCAUCCAAAAAUAGUUUGGGUGUUAUAAAAGAGUUCGGAGGCCACUUUAUUGGCGAUAUGAUGCAUAUGCCUCCAAUGGUUCAAUUUUGUCAUCCUAGCACAACUAGGGGGCAAAUGGAAUCUGGACAAAUAUUCACCAUUGAGCCCAUAAUAUGCGAAGGAAACCCUGAAAUAUACACCUGGCGUGAUGGCUGGACUAUUGCAACAUGUGAUGGCGGUCGUUGUGCUCAGUUUGAACAUACAGUUCUGGUUACUGAUACUGGUUGUGAAAUACUAACCCAAUGACUUUAAAUAUAAUCAACAAUUUACUAAUGCUUGAU